UGUGCCCCACCUGAGCUCCACACUUUUCCCAUUAAUUUCCUAGUUAGAGCCGGAGAGUCGUACCUCUUCUUUCAGGUCAAACUCUCUCAUGUGGUCCAUAUCAAUAUCAGAUAAAUGAUAGAUGCUGUCCUAUGUGUCCACCUGGAAGCUGAAAACACUUUUCUCUGGGAGUGUGUUACCUGUCCUGGUUUGGAGUUACAUUUCUCUUGGUCCUAAAUCUGCGUUGGUUCAAACAGACGAGGAAUCUGUGCUGGUCUUCUGUUACAGAGAGAAUGAGACCUGGAUCAGCUGCAGUGUUUCUGAUUCUCCUGAUGAACGUCUCUACAGGUCAAACUCAGACAUGUGGUCCAUACAGUUAUGAGACACCUGGUGGAUGCUGUCCUGUGUGUCAACCUGGACAUUGGGUUUAUGAAGACUGCACAGACCUCAGAAAUACUCUCUGUAAGCCCUGCACUGAAGGAACCUUUUUGGACAAGCCGACUUCCCGUACACAGUGCUACGACUGUAAAAGCUGUGAUGAAGGUUCUGCUCUGAAGAUGAAGACGUCGUGUACGAUAGUAUCAGACACAGUUUGUGAACCUGUGGAAGGAUUUUACUGCUCAGACUCUAGAAAGGACGACUGUGUGGAAGCAAAGAAACACAGACGCUGUGAACCAGGAGAAUACAUCAGAGAACUCGGUUAGUUAAACACAUUUCACUUUUAUUGGAAGUCUGUUCUGUCAUAAUCAGGAUUAUUUACAGACCACUGACAAAGAAGUCAUUUCUUCUGUCUUAUGAGUC